UAUUUAAAAGAUUUGAUUUUUACGAGAAGAUAACCAUAUCCAUCGUUGUGUUGCUUCGUUCGGUUGAGUUGAGGGUUUUGCAGAGUUCCAUUUCCCUUUCAAUUCGAAUCCUUAAAUGCGUUAUUUUCAUCCAUAAUUCUCAAUAUCCAACCCUACAUACAAUUCAACACUUUCGUUUUCGCAAUUCUUGAAAUUCCUAGUGUUCCAAUACGGUUCUUAUAGAGUGGAUUGGUUUGUGGUUAAAGACAUAAAAUGAUUUUAGUUUCUCAUCAACCGCAGGGCUUGUAUGUGACAUUUUCAUCUAGGAAUUUGCCAUGGAGCAAAAGUAUGAAGUUUAAGCAGUGUUUCACAAAACGUCACUUGAUUGGAAGAGCUGAUUGGCAUCACAUGUUAAACCAGACUAAUUGUCUAAGUGUAGGGCCUCCUCACAUUUGUGGAUCCAAGCUUAAACCUUUGACGAUUACAGGCUUCAAAGGAAAUGACCGAAAUGAUGAUUCAGAAGCCAGAGCCGAGGAGUUGAAGGCCCGCAAGACCUCAGUUAGAGUAGAAGAGAAGGGGGAAGUUAAGUCAGAGUCUCCAAAUACCCGUAAUGUUCCACUCACUGGUGCAAAUGAGAGCCUUGCAGCAUCAUCUGGUAUUCAUAAACUUUUUAAAAAAUGGUUGACAAUUUUGCACUCACCACCAUCAAAUCAAGGAGUGGAGGAAACUUUGGGAGAACCACCUCCAGAGGUUUUAUCAAAAACAUCACAAGGGAUGCAGCGGACUGAAAAAAGUCAGAUGUUGAAGGUGGUCUGGUCUACUUUUCAGUCUCUGGAUGCAACAAUUAAGAUUCCACUCUUAAUAUUUGCACCUUUCUUUGUGGCGGUUAAUGCAAUUUAUGGUCCCGAAGUGUCCAAGGAGUUAACUCCGUUAUGGAUAAUGGGGCCAUUGGUUGUGGCCCUCUACAUCAUGAUGGUGCGGGUGCUGUGUUCAAUUUAUGUCUACAGCUUUAAGCAAACUGUGAAAGUGAUUAAGAAUAUACCCUCAUACUGCAAUUUGGCACAAAGCUAUGUUUUUGGUGGCAAGCUCAAAGAAGAUAUAAAAGCUCAUAUUUUACAGCCAAUAUUGAACAUAAAAAGUGCAGAUUACAAACAACUGACAAUAAAAUUGAUGAAACAAUUGGCAGAAUGGAUAGGUGACAAGUAUCUUGAUUUUUUGGAAUCCAUAUGGCCCUUUUAUUGUCGAGCGAUCAGAUUUUUAAAGAGUUCGAAUCUUAUAUAAAUAAGCGAGGGCGAAGCUUCUGGGUAGGGGUACAAUAGCAAAAAAAAUAAAAAUUGGAGGAUGUGGGAGUUCCUGAAAGUUAAUAAUGUUUUGAGGUGAAAUCACAUAUUAUGUUGUGGUAUUGAGCCAGUUUAAUGGUCACAACCCACAAUGUAGGAAGUUCCCCAUUCCUGUUAUCUUGAAAACAUUUUUUGGUCUUAGGUUAGGCUGGAACUGUAUGUAAGUACGAGGAUGUGUAUUAGAUUGGUUCUAUCAUUUUUCUUUUGACAAACACAUUGAUUCUAUCAUUGUUUAUGUAAUAACUGGAAGUUGGCAUCUGUUAUAUAAUAUUCAACCCAACUCCACUUUUUUCUUGUGUA